AAAAAAAAAAGAAAAAAAGAAUAGUGACGGCGCAUCUGUGAAGCAAAAUACACUAAUCUUCUUUGUCCUGCAGAUCUAAGAUCUUCAAGAAAGCAAAUUUGACAACAAUGAAUAACCAAGGUCGAAGUGAAGGAAGUAAUGAGAAGCAUGCAAACACACAUGAUGUUGAAGAACAAUCUCCUACAAGGCCAGUGAAUUAUGCUCCUAAUUCAGAACUAAGAGCAACAAUAGAAACUCGGGUUCAAAUUGCUUUGGAGCGUCAGCGCACCGGUCAACCUCUGACUUUCGAGGAUGUCAUGGCCCUCGACUACGAAGAUGCUUUACGUCAUCUUCGACUUCAACAACAAAAUCAAAGCCAAAAUGAUCAGCAGAAACAAGAAGAAGACAACAAGAAUAACAACAAUAGCAACAACAACAAUUGAAGAUGGAGUGAAGAAGAGAUUAUGGAGAAUAUUGUACUUUGGAAUUGAGGAUAAUUGUUCACUAUCGACCCAUAAAACUUUUCUAGAAUACUUUAUUGUUUAUGGGUGCAAUUAUAUUAUCUUUUUUAGUUGGUAAUAGUUUACUAUUCAAAGCAUGGUUAUAUAACUUGGGUA